ACUAAUGAAUUUCAACAAAAUAGGUACUGAGAAAGGAGCCUGGUACAUUAGGAAUGCGUACCUGGUCGAAUUAUGGUCGUUUGUAUUUGAGACACUUUAACGAACUUGAUCAUGAGUUAGAUGCUCGGCUUAAUCGUGCAUAUGAGUAUGCUAACAGAUAUUUAUCUUCAUUUUCUUCUCCGUUAAUUGCUGUAUUCGCUAAAAAUAUAUUGUUCUUAAGCGGCGGACUUCUUGUUUUAAUACUGGCUCUAGGAAUCUAUGAAGAAUUUGUAUUUCAAGUAGAACAUGUUCUUACAUUAAUUACAGUGCUUUCCGCCGUGGGAAUAAUUUGCAGAAAUUUAAUACCAGAUGAAAAUCUUGUUUGGUGUCCAGAACAAUUAAUGACAGCAAUUUUAGCACAUAUUCAUUAUUUACCAUUUCAUUGGAAAAAUAAUGCUCACACAAUCAAAGUUAGAAAGGAAUUUGAAACACUGUUUCAGUUGAAAGCGAUUUAUUUACUAAAUGAGAUAUGUAGUCCUCUGAUAACUCCUUUUAUAUUAAUUUUUGUAUUAAAACCAAAAGCUCUUGAAAUUGUUAAAUUUUUUAAGAGUUUUACUGUUUCUGUAAAAGGAGUGGGAAAUGUUUGUUCGUUUGCACAGAUGGAUAUUCGGAAACAUGGUAAUCCGGAUUGGCAACCUUGUAAUUUAGAUGCUAAUGCUGAAAAUAUAAAUGAAAUCAUGCAUCCUCUUUCAAAUGGAAAAACUGAAUUGUCGCUACUUCGAUUCACUUUAACUAAUCCAGAAUGGCCAUUGCCGAGUGCUGCCAAAUAUUUUGUCAAAUCUAUUCGUGCAAAUGCAUUACAAGAAUUAAUUAAAGCAAAAGAAACAUGUACCAAUAACAAUUCAAAUCCUAUAACUCGAAGUUUAUUAUCUUUUGGAACAAUUGCUAAUGAGUAUUCUUCAAUCGCUAACUCUGUACUUGAUGCUCAUAAUGUCCACGAAAUUGGCUUGAGAAAAUCAACACACUCUACUAUCUGCUCGAAAGCUCCGAAAUACAGUUGUUACAAAAAUAAUGAAGAAAUUCAAGAAAGUGAUUUUGAGCAAAUGCUGCAACAGAAUCUAAGUGAUUUAACGCAAGAGCGCAUAGAAAAUAUUUCAAUAUCUGCCGUUCCCGGAAUGAAGAAAAUGCGAGUAUAUAAGACUGAAGGGCGCCUGGAGGGACCAUCAGACACAUUGUUAAAUAGCAUUCAUGGAAAAAAUUUGCACAUCAAUUCCGUUAACAUAAUGAUUGCCGACAUGUGCCUGAGUGCUCUUUAUUUGCAUGAGUUAAAUAAAAGAAAUAAAAGUGCUAAUAACCAGGAAUUAAUACCGUUCAGCAGUUCAAGUGCAAGUGUUCUAAGAGAACCUGUCGAAAAAACACCUUUGCUUAGAAGUAAACAUUCCUAGCGUCUGGGUGUGUGGAUUUAGAACUUUAUAGUUAACUAAUUGUUUUUUUUUAAUUCAUUAUAUUUAUUUCGUUAAGUUAGAAAUUUUAAAAAAUAAAGUUAAAAUAGCUAUCAUU